GGUGUCAAACAGCCUCAGUCAGCGGUUCAGUCACCGCUGGGUGGUGUUCUGUGGUGGUGUCCUGUCAGUGGUAGGAUUGGUCGCCACAAGCUUCGUACGAGAUGUAGAGUGGUUCUUUAUAACAUACGGAGUCAUCACAGGACUCGGGUUUGGGCUCAUCUUGGCACCUGCGCUAGUAAUGCCGGGACUUUAUUUUGAAAAGAAGCUUCCAUUGGCCCUUGGUCUCAGUUCCUCCGGUUCGGGAUUGGGAUCCUUCAUAUUCCCAAACCUAAUGAGAUUUCUUCUGGAUGAGUACUCUGUUGGCGGUUGUUUGCUCAUCAUGGGAGGAAUUAUGCUACAUGUUUGUCCAUUUGCUCUUCUUUAUCGACCAACACUGUACUGGGAGAGGAAAGGUUACACACCAAACAAACCAAAACAUUUUAGGUCAGAGAAAAAUUAUGUAGAGCAUGCCGACGAUGAAAAGUUUCAAGAUGAAGAAUGCAGUGCAUUACUCUUAAUUCAAAAAGGAGAAAAGGAUGUAGAAAAAUCAGGAUCUAUCUUAAAAAGUGCUUCUGUGUCAGGCAUAUAUAAAACAAAAUCUUUACCUUCUUUAUCAAUUAUCCCUAAUAAACACAGCAUCACAUCUUCCAUCAGCGAAAGCAACAUAUCUUCGACGAAGAAUGUUUCAAAUUCAGAGAUUUCAAAAAAUAAAUGUAAGCCAUCCAUUAAAUCAAAGGGGUAUGUACAAAAAUUAGAAAAAACCCCGAUCAUAGACUGGGCGAUGCUUAAGAAUCCCUUAUUUAUUUUCACCAAUAUAGGUAUCGUUUUAGCCAUUUUCGCUCAUCACAACGUGUUCAAUUUUAUCCCUUCCUUGGCAGACGAGCUCGGCUUUCUGGAAUCUGAAGGAGCUUUGUGUGUUUCUAUAGUGGGAGUUACCGAUCUGAUAGGAAGGGUCUCUGGUGGUAUCAUAGGAAACGCAUGCUUUAAAAGAAGAAUCAAGCUAUAUAUAAUUUGUCUGCUGGUAUUUUCCACAUGUUUAAUGAUUGUGGUCCAUAUAACCUAUUUUUACGUCUUCAUCGUUUUCUGCGGUGUUUUAGGAUUCACGACAGGAGGGUAUAUCGGGGUACAGCUUGCUACAAUUGCUGACGAGCUGGGGAGAGAGAACCUAUCUACAGCUUGGGGAUAUAUUGCCUUCUUCUCAUCAUUCUCCAUUUUGAUAAAUCCUGUUCUCUCAGGUGCAAUCAAAGACUACUCUGGGUCGUGGAAGAAUGCGUUUAGAUUGUCGUCUGCUUGUGGACUUGUAGGUACAUGUGUUCUUUUCACAGAACUUAUUGUUCGAAAACAUUUACAUAAGAAGUCUUAACAUGAAGUUACAUUAUAAAAUUGUUAAAAGAUUCAAGAUGAAAUUUGCCGUCCAGUUUUUGCAUUCAAACGUGUGCAAGGAUUUAAAACAACUUAGAUAUAUCUCAAACUGGACUAAGGUGUGCAUUACAUCUGUUUAUUUGUGAUUUAAUUCUGUAAAAUAUUAUUGAUCAAUAAAAUUCUAUGAGCUGGUUUU